AUGAGUUUUUCAUUUGGUCAAGCUACGACAACUUCUGGAAGUACUUUUGGUACUAAUACAGCUUCAGGAUCAUUAUUUGGUGGUGGUGGUGACACAAAAGCAUUUGGUGCAAACACUGAAAACAAACCAAGCAUCUUUGGAAGUCCUUCGAGUAGUACUCCAGCAUUCGGAGGUUUUGGUCUCGGAGCUAAAACUACAGCCUCAAGCUUGUUUUCAACCCCAUCUACCACCAAUACGUCAGCGUUUGGCUCAAACAAACCUCUUAGUUUUGGAGGUUUCACUGCGUCUCCAGUUCAAACUGUUGGCAGUCCGGGCUUCGGACAAGCAAAACCGGCUAAUGCAACGGAUAAACCUCAGUCAGCAUUCGGAACCACAACUCAGCAAGCCCCUGCAUUUGGCACUCCGGCAACACAAGCAUCAGUGUUUGGUACAUCGGCUACAUCUGGAUUUUCGUUUGGUAAAUCAGGCGGAGGUUUUAACUUCAGUACUCCUACUUCAGGAUUUUCAGCUCCACAAGCGCCUGCCACAACAUCUGCACCACAAACGACUCAAUCACUAAAUCAAGCGGUAACAACUCAAAGUUCAUUAGGGUUCGGACAGUCAAGUUUUGCUAAACCUUUCAGCUUUAAUGCUGCUACUACGGCACCUACUGCAGGAUCAAGUUUUGCACCAACAACGUCUUUAUCAUCAUUUUCAUUCGCGCAAACUAGUCAGCCUAAUCAAACAACACAACAACAACAGCAGCAACAGCCACAACAACCAAGCUUUGGUUCAACAUUCACAACGCAACAAUCAGCAUUUGGAACAACAACUACUAGUUUUUCAUCCCCAACUUUCGGUCAAACAACUACAACACCGAGCUUUGCCCCUCAAACAAGUCAGCCAUUAAGUUUUAAUGCCCAAACGAGUCAAGCAGCUUUUGGAACAAGCCAAACGACUCAAUCGGCUUUUGGAACACCAACGACUCAAUCUAAUUUUGGAAUAACUCCGAGCCAACCGACUCCUACUGGUUUUGGUACUGCGACGAGUCAACCAGCGUUUGGAACGAAUCAAACGACUCAACCAUUCGGAGCGACAACUCAAUCAGCUUUUGGUUCACCAACAACUCAGCCAAGUUUUGGCACGACAACAACUCAGCCAAGUUUUGGCACGACAACAACUCAACCAACAUUUGGCACAACUACAACUCAACCAACAUUUGGCACGACUACAACUCAGCCAACAUUUGGCACGACUGCAACUCAGCCAACAUUUGGCACGACUACAUCUCAGCCAACAUUUGGCACAACAUCAACUCAACCAAGUUUUGGAGCAAUAACGACAACUCCACCAUCAUUUGGCACAACAACAACUCAAUCAGCUUAUGGAACAACUCAAACAAGUCAAGCACUAAGUUUUGCAAAGCCUCAAACGAGUCAAUCAAACUUUUCUUUAUCGGUACCCAAUACAACCGCAAAACCAACCCAACCAACAUUUGGUCAAACGAGUCAAACGUCAAGUUUUGGUACUACACAAAAGCCUACUCUAAGCUUUGGUACGACCAGUCAAACAACUCCGAGCUUGUCUACUCAAACAACUUCAGCAACUACUACGCAGUCUGGAUUUUCGUUUGCCAAAACACCUACUAGUAGUCUUUCUUUUGGUACAACAGCAUCUUUGUCGUUUGGAAAAUCAACUUUGACGACUACGUCUGGUACAACGUCGACUACAACGCCAUCUGGUAUAACGGCGUUAGGAAAAUCAAUCGCGUCUACGAUGCCUUCACUGUCAACUACAACUACUACAACAGUAGUGGCCCCCCCAGCGAUGAUAUCAUCGAUAACAUUUGCUCAACUAGAGGAAAGUAUUAACAAGUGGACGUUGGAACUAGAGGAGCAAGAGAACAGUUUUAUAAAUCAAGCGACACAGAUCAACGCUUGGGAUAGACUGUUGGUUGCUAAUGGUGAAAAGAUUCUAGAAUUAAACGAAGCAGUUGAAACAGUAAAGAACGAACAACAGAGUCUCGAACACGAGUUAGAUUUUGUUCUGGCUCAACAAAAAGAAUUAGAAGAUCUACUCGCCCCUCUAGAAAAACAACUUCUAGAAGAUAAGAGCGAUAGAAUGAGAGAUCCGGAGAGAGAGCAUAUGUAUACAUUAGCAGAAACACUAGACACGCAACUGCGCCAAAUGUCUGAAGAUUUGAAAGAGAUCAUCGAACACCUGAAUGAAACAAACAGAAGUCAAGACAAUAAUGAUCCUAUUGUUCAAAUUGGUCGUAUUCUCAAUGCCCACAUGUCAUCGAUGCAAUGGAUAGACAGUUCUAUUGCGCAAAUUUCUACUAAACUAGAUCAGUUAAAAGCAACCCACGAUACUUUGAGGAGAGAUAAUGAAAGAUCAUUUCAACUGACUUAUAAUUAAUUUUUAUAUUUUUCAAUUUGUAAUAAAAUACAAUUUUCAUAAUGUUUUAUUGUGUCAAGGAAUAAUAUAGGAUUAAAAUAUUUUUCAAUAUGAACAAUUUGUUGAUUGAUUAUGAUUGUCAGCCUUGUUUUGUUGUUUGUUAUCAUUUGUGAAAAAUAAAAAGUAUGAUUAGUCUAUAUUUUUAACAUAAAGGACGUUGAUUUCAUUUUGUUACACCGUUAAAAAAUAUUUUGUACAUUAGACUUUAGGUCUGGUUUUCUUUGUUCAUUAAUGAAAGUAAAGUAGAAGGAUGUAAGUGCUUCAUUCUGCAAAGAAUUAAGGAUAAUUUAAUGAAUGCUAACAGUCGGUAAAAAUUCCUUUAGUAAAAUUGGAAGAUUUUUUUUUACUGAUUCAAAAGAGUACUUUGUCUUAAAUAUCAAGCUGAAUUAUAUCAAAAAUCACUUCUUAAUUAGAUUUAUUCCAUGAAUCAAUCAUUAAUACUAUUGUUUUGAUUUACAAUGUUGCACUUCAUAUAGUGGAUCGAAAUGUAAAAAAAGGAAAGUAAUUGUUAUGUUACUCUUAUAAUAAAAAAAUAAUUUCAUACAAAAAUAAA